AUGAACAAUCACAAUUUAACAACAGAGCAAGUUCAAGCCCUUCGUGACCAAUGCCUUGCUGCCCGUGAAUACGCCUACGCUCCCUACUCCAAGUUUCGCGUUGGGUGUGCUAUUCUCACGAAAGCUGGGUCAAUCGUCACAGGCGCCAACGUUGAAAACGCCUCUUACGGCGCCGGGAUUUGUGCAGAGAGAACUGCCAUCACUCGGUGUGUGAUGGAAGGACAAAAAGAGUUACAGGCCAUUGCCAUUCUGAGCGAUAUGGCCGAUUGUGUGAGUCCGUGUGGAAUAUGCCGGCAGUUUAUUCGAGAGUUUGCUCCCAAGGUGCCUGUUUUGAUGUUUUCAGGUCAAUCAGACAAAAUGGUGUGUCACACGCUUGAAGAACUUCUUCCCUUAAGCUUUGGCCCCGAGCAUCUUCAUUGA